CUCUGCAGCUAGUGGCUGCGUGGACCUAAAUCAUCCGGGAGCUGCCAAAGGAAGGGAGUGACUUCCCAGGACAGGAAACAAUCAAGCUAUGUAAGCUCCCAAGGGCCGGGCUCUACACAGAUCUCUGCUUGUAGCUCCUGCCUGCCAGAGAGGUGCCUGUGAAGCACUUGCUCAGCACCCACCAUGUCCCAGGCUGAUGCUCAUGAAGCUUCCAUCAAGAUGAAGCAGCCCCCCGUGAAGGAGGAAGACUUGAAGGAGGCCCAUGGGAACCUAGCCAAGAGCCAGGCCAUCAAGUCCAAGACCUACCAGGUCAUGCACGAGUGUGAGCAAGCUGGCAAGGCUGCGCCAUCCGUGUUCAGUCGCAACCGCACAGGCACAGAGACGGCCUUCGAGAAGCCCAAAGACAAACCUGCCAAGAGUGUCUUGGGCUGAGAAGCGCACACUUUGCCACCUCAAAUGCCUGGACGCAAGAGUCUUCCCCAUGCACUCUUUGUUUUUAAAGCCAGAACGUGCCUCUUUCCCCCUGUUGUCUCCCCUCCCCAAAGCCCCGGCCCUUCUAUAGCACCUUGGAAACACCAAUAAAGACGUGUCUAAGUGACCCCA